AUGCUUGAGACCUACUGGAACCUCACUGCUAUAGGCUAUAAUUUGGAAGUCCAUCCUACUAAAGAACAACGUCAAACUUCUAGAAGUCAUGAAAGACCAACUGUAAAAUUGAUUCAUAAUGAUAAAAUGAUUGAUCCGGCUAAUAAAUGUGGUAAAGCUUUCACAUGUGCCCAUUACUGUUGCAGGCAUGAAAGAAGUCAUACUGGAGAGAAACCUUAUGAAUGUAACCAAUGUGGUAAAGCCUUUUCAUAUCAUAGUCAUCUCCAAAGACAUAAAAGAACACAUACUGGAGAGAAGCCUCAUGAAUGUAAUCAAUGUGAUAAAGCCUUUUCAUGUCACAGUAGUCUCCAAAGACAUAAAAGAACACAUACUGGAGAGAAACCUUAUGAAUGUGAUCAAUGUGGUAAAGCCUUUUCACAAAACAGUAGUCUCCAAAGUCAUAAAAGUACACAUCUUGGAGAGAAGCCUCAUGAAUGUAAUCAAUGUGGUAAAGCCUUUUCACGUCACAGUAAUCUCCAAUAUCAUAAAAGAACACAUACUGGAGAGAAACCUUAUGAAUGUAAUCAAUGUGGUAAAGCCUUUUCACAGCACAGUAGUCUCCAAUAUCAUAAAAGAACACAUACUGGAGAGAAACCUUAUGACUGUAAUCAAUGUGGUAAAGCCUUUUCUCGUAACAGUCAUCUCCAAUAUCAUAAAAGAACACAUACUGGAGAGAAACCUUAUGGUUGUAAUCAAUGUGGUAAAGCCUUUUCAUAUCACAGUAAUCUCCAAUAUCAUAAAAGAACACAUACUGGAGAGAAACCUUAUGACUGUAAUCAAUGUGGUAAAGCCUUUUCUCGUAACAGUCAUCUCCAAUAUCAUAAAAGAACACAUACUGGAGAGAAACCUUAUGGUUGUAAUCAAUGUGGUAAAGCCUUUUCAUAUCACAGUAAUCUCCAAUAUCAUAAAAGAACACAUACUGGAGAGAAACCUUAUGAAUGUAAUCAAUGUGGUAAAGCCUUUUCACAACACAGUAGUCUCCAAUAUCAUAAAAGAACACAUACUGGAGAGAAACCUUAUGAAUGUAAUCAAUGUGGUAAAGCCUUUUCACGUCACAGUAAUCUCCAAAGUCAUAAAAGUACACAUCUUGGAGAGAAGCCUCAUGAAUGUAAUCAAUGUGGUAAAGCCUUUUCAUGUCACAGUAGUCUCCAAUAUCAUAAAAGAACACAUACUGGAGAGAAACCUUAUGAUUGUAAUCAAUGUGGUAAAGCCUUUUCACAACACAGUAAUCUCCAAAGACAUAAAAGAACACAUACUGGAUAG